AUGAGUGGAAGCAACGGUGAACCCGCAAUUGAAGCGAUUCCGACGGCUCUCUACGUGUUUCUUCAAUGUCUAAAACCGAUGACAGAAAUACCAUAUGAGAUGGAGAGUCCUCGAAUUGAUGUCGGUUGCAUUCGUGAACGAAACAGGGUUCUUCUCACCGGAAACUCAAAUCUGAUGGUGAAAUGCAGUGUCUACUCAUCAACUAUUGGCUAUGACACGGAUACGAUUGGAUGUAUGGCAUGUGCCAUUGCAGGUGCCUAUCUCGGAGCUGAAAAAAUUGAAAGAGACUCAAAGGAAGAUAGAUCGACGAUUCCCGUCGAGAUCUUUCGGCACAUUGAAGGAUUGGAAACAAUAAAUGAAUACUGUGACUGGCUCAUACAGCACAUCAACCGUGCAGAAUAA